AAUUUUAGUAUGAAAAUGCCGGUCUCGAUGCCAACGCACAGUCGCUGUCCGCAGUUGAAGGCGUUUUGUUGUGUCGCGCUCGAGUGGCAAUGUCAGCUAAUCGGCACUAGAGGAGAACCACAUCAAAGCACUCAAUCAUGACGGACAGAUAUGCCAAUGGAGUCACCACCAGUCUGGUUGAGCCCACGCCCACAAACGGACGCACUGCCUCCGAGGGGGAGGAGAAAAUUGUCCUGAAACGGAAGUUAACCCUCAUCAAUGGAGUGGCCAUUAUAGUGGGCACCAUCAUUGGAUCGGGCAUCUUCAUCGCACCCACUGGAGUCUUUCUUUACACCGAAUCCGUGGGAAGCUCCCUUUUGAUUUGGUCGGCUUGUGGAAUUCUAUCGACAAUUGGAGCUCUUUGCUACGCCGAACUGGGAACGAGCAUCACCAGAUCUGGCGGGGAUUAUGCCUAUCUGCUGGUGUCCUUUGGACCGCUCGUGGGAUUCCUUCGGCUCUGGAUAGCGCUACUCAUCAUACGGCCAACAACGCAGACCAUAGUGGCUUUAACCUUUGCACACUAUGCGGCCAAACCAUUCUUUCCGGACUGUGAUCCACCGGAGAAUGCAGUGAAACUACUGGCUGCCAUUUGCCUAACUCUGCUCACCGCCAUCAACUGUCUGUCUGUGAAGGUGUCCAUGAAGGUGCAGGAUGUGUUCACGGUGGGCAAGCUGUUGGCCCUUAUCAUGAUUAUCCUUGCCGGACUAUACUAUAUGGCCACGGGCAAGUUGGAGAACUUCAGCAAUCCGUGGGAGGGCACUUACAGUGCCCGCAACAUUGGCUACGCCUUCUACUCCGGUCUGUUUGCCUUUGGCGGAUGGAACUACUUGAACUUUGUGACGGAGGAGCUCCAGGAUCCGUACAAAAAUCUUCCACGAGCCAUUUGGAUAGCCAUGCCCCUGGUCACAGGCAUCUAUGUUCUGGUUAACUUGGCCUAUUUUGCAGUGGUCAACAAACCGGAGAUGCUCAGUUCGUUGGCCGUGGCGGUGACCUUUGGAAACCGUGUAUUCGGACCUCUGGCCUUCAUGGUGCCCAUUUUCGUGGCACUGAGCACCUUUGGAGGUGUAAACGGAGUGCUCUUCACCUCGGCGCGACUGUUCGCAACUGGAGCUCAGGAGGGGCAUUUGCCAAAGUUUUUCCAGCUGUUUCACGUCAAGCAACAGACUCCCAUUCCCUCCCUGAUUUUCACAUGCCUGAUGUCGCUGCUAAUGCUGCUUACGGAUAAUGUCUACCAGUUGAUCAACUAUUUCAGUUCGGUGCUCUGGCUUUCAGUGGUGGCCAGCAUAGCCGGAAUGUUGUGGCUUCGCCAUAAAAGACCCGACUUGCCGCGACCCAUUAAAGUCAAUCUCGCGCUGCCCAUUAUCUUCAUGGUGAGCUGUGUGACGUUGGUGCUGCUCCCGAAUCUGGAGGAGCCAGGUAAUCUCUUGAUUGGCAUCGCCAUCACCUUGGCCGGCAUUCCAUUUUACUACGCCUUCAUUGCCUGGAAAAACAAGCCCAAGUGCUACGGACGAUUGUCCAACUCCGUUGUGGAGAUUUGCAGGGCCAUAUUUAACACCACCAUUAUCGAAUCGAACGAGACGAUAAACUAAAUCUAUGUACCGCACCCGUAGAACUUUAUGCAUUUAGUUCAAAAAACACUCGUCGUAAUUGAUAUUCGAAAACACUGAGAAAUUGUUAAAUAUUUUAAACAGUUUUAAGCAAAUCCCCCUGCCCCAUUUGUAUGAUAUUUUUUAGCUAGACAAUUGGCAUUCCUCACAACGCAAUCGGCAUCGUUUAGAUUUUAGUUUUAACAUAUGUAUUUAUUUGAGCAAGCUCCUCAGUUAACAGGUUUUACACAACCCAAGGCCUUUUUUGGCUCACUCCCCACUAAAGUUCACUUCUAAUUCCUUUUUUAACACAAUCAGGAAGUAAUUGAAUGCGCUUUGAUGGGAACAAAACUGUAAACUAUAAAAUGUGACAUGUUUAGGGAAGCCACAUGGCAGUACAAUAACUUAUCGCUUAGCAAAUAAAUGUAUUACUGCAAAUUCGGAAA